GCGAAAACGUUGCCAAAACAAUGUGGGAAAAGUGCAAUCGACAAAUAGGAGCUGCAUUGAUUGCAAGCGCACUUUUAAAAAAGCUUUCAAAAAUUGCAAAGGAGGAAACAGAAUUGGAACUGUCAAAAUAUACACGGCAGCAGUCAAGACAGUACGAGCAGAAAGCAUGCGAUGUGUUGGGAAAAUGUUUUGAAGAAAACAGAUCAUUGGCUCAUAAGCUCUUGUUGACAUGCCUUGAAAAACCGUUUGAUUCGGACGAUUCGACGACAAUAUUUGACUUUGCUGGAGCAAAUCACUUGACCACGUUUAUGGGGCAUACCUGCUGUCAAACAAAACUAAGUACUAUCUGGAGAGGUCAAAUUGCAAUAUCAACACCAUGGUGGAAGAUUGUGUUGUUAAUUUUUUCUCCGUUAUUCCUCCCGAUAACGCUUUCUGCCAUCAAGUUUAGAACACUUGAGAGUCCAUGGACAAGGCGCUACAUAAUGGGCGCCAACAGUAGAGAGGGCAUCGCAACAGUGAAAUGCAAUCGUUGCCACAAGGACACUAAACCAAUCAAGAAUGAUUCAAGCAACAUAUCGAAAAAUCAGGAUGGGCAGACAAAAUUGCAAUGCGAACAUUGCUACAAACCACUGCCCAAUGAGGAUAUGCUAUACAGAUUUUCUUUAUGUUCAGGCGAAAUACGGUUUUUCGAUGCGCUGUUCUACUUGUACACAGCUCCUAUUUCAGCGUUUUGGAUUCAUGGAGUUUCAUACUUGUUUUUCCUGGGACUGUUUUCCUAUUUUGUGGUCGUUGAUCUAGAGGAAAAAACAACGCUGAAAGAGUGGAUCAUCUGGGGAUGGAUUGCAACUUUCUUUUUCGAAGAGCUCCGACAGAUUGCAAACAGUAAGGGUCGUAAACUGAGAAAACUUCUAAACUGGCUGAGAUCGGGGUGGAACCGUUUUGAUCUUGCUAUGUAUAUUAUUUUCAUCAUAACACUUUGUUUACGAUUCACCCGGGAAGGAGAGGAUCAAUUUAGUUCUGUUCGUUACUUCUACAGUUUCACAGUUGCAAUGUUUUACAUUCGCUUUCUACAAAACUUUCUUGUGGAGAAACAUAUAGGUCUCAAGGUCAUAAUGAUUGAAAAAAUGGUCUUCGACCUGGUUGUUUUCCUUGGAAUUUUCUUGGUUUUUAUGCAAUGCUUCGGCAUCAUUUACUACGCUAACCUUUAUCCAAACUCUCCAGCAACAGUCAAACUCCUACAAAGAAUAGUUUACAUGCCGUACUGGCAGAUUUUUGGGGAAACAUAUUUGGAGUUUCUUGAAGGCGAUGAAGUUGGUUGUACCAGAAAUGAAAGUAUCUGGCGUCCAGCUGGUGGCGACAGGCGGUGUCCCGAAGUUAAGUACUGGAUUCCAUUUAUUGGAGGCUUCUACAUGCUACUUACCAACGUCUUACUGGUCAAUUCUGUUGAUUGCCAUGUUCAGGUGAAAUGUAUUAUUUAG